AAACCUCUUUCAAUCUAGUUGCGUCUCCGGCGCGCUGUAGAGAUAGUCAUGUCUUCCAACAUCACAAAAUCCAUUUUUGCCACAACCACUGAAAAACUCGCCAUAACCACGCCUUUCGUGCAGCCGCCAGACUGUUCGAACAUAUGGACUAUGACAGAAAUGCCGCACCUACCUCUCACUUCGAUCUCCAGCGGCGAAGUAUACCACACCGUCAUGUCAGAGGUCUCUGUCUCUGCUCCCCCGUCAUCAUGCUAUCCCUCUGGAUGGGACCGUGUCGAGAUGACAAGCCGGCUCAAUUUUAGCCCGGGCGUGUGCCCCGAGGAUUGGACGUAUUAUAGCAUGGCCCACACACAUACCGAGGGCCCUACAUCAGCUUACUGCUGCAAUAGUGGGUUCAAUUACACAUGGGUCAAUGGGCGGGCCUGCGCCGCAUGGGGUCCCAGGACAGAAGCCCUUCCCAACCCCGAGGACGCGAAAUCGGACCAAGUGCUCAUGAUACAUACACCCUGGACCGUGACUUGGGAUGCAUCUGACAUUGCGGCCUUGACGCCAAAGCUACCGACAUUGGCUAGCCUGAUGAUAGUGCCGACGUGGACAACUGGGCAAACGAUCCCGGAUGGGGUUUAUGACUUUAAACCGCCGAGACUUGAGAGUGGCCCUGACUUUACAAAAGAUAGUCUUUUCAUGUUCCUAGUUGUUGGAUGUCCUGUAAUACUGUUCGUGUUGAUCUGCUCAUGCGUGUUUUGCUGCGUAAGGAGCUGCAGGAAGAAGAGGCGGCAAAAAAAGGCUGCGAUUGUUGCGGCAACGAACGACGCACCUACCUCACCACCCAAGUGAGAGCUGAGCCUCGAAAUGGAGAAUUGCUUUAUGACGGACUCUUGGUGUGGAACCUUGUCCUGUAAAUACUUCUGUGAACAAAUCCUGAGCUCUUUGACUACGUGUUGCUGGAUUUGAUAUAACCUCGAACUGUUCAUGGGAUUAGUGCCAACACGUUGCGAACAUGAUGACGUUGAUCGCGUGUAGGAAACAAUUCGUUUUCCCGUGACACAAUGUGUUUUGCUGGAGAAAAGGGGCUCACUCUUACUUCCCAUGCUUCGCACGAGCCUGCAGCCAGUCGCCUUGGAGUCGUGGUAUAACGCCGGGCUGUACAUGAGGUUGAAACAGUCAAAGCAUGUAGUUGUCUUGGAUUUAUUGAAAGAAUAUGAAUCACUGGGA